AUGAACAUCUUACCAAAAAAAAGAUGGCAUGUGAGGACAAAAGAAAAUAUAGCAAGGGUGAGAAAGGAUGAAGCAGAAGCUGAAGAAAAAGCAAAGCAAGAACAAAUAAGAACUGAAAAGGCAGACCGUGAGGCGAGGCUAAGGGUGUUAAAACAUAAAAGCAAACAGAAGUUAUUCGAAUUGGGCCUAACAGAUCCUGAGCCAGAAAAGAUCUUACCCACUGAACAUUUAAACUUAUUCGCAAACUUUGAAGAGGCAACAAAAAGUACAAACAAGGAACAUGACAAAGAGUUGAAGGAAAAAAAGGAAGAGUAUGAGAAAAAAAUUGGUUAUUUAACAUAUUUAGGUCAGGAUACAAAUGAAGCCCUUGGCAAAAAGAACUGGUAUGAAGUACUGCCAGAAAGUUCAAGAUCUAGUAACAUUAAAGAUACUUAUGAAAAACUGGUAUUUAAAGACGCUGAUGGUAAACCAAAGAAUAAAAAAACAGAUGAAAAGGAUGGAGAAGUGUGUUGGAAAAACAAACAAUCUCUUGACCCUAUGAAAGCAUUUAAACAUCUGCUUCCAUCACAUAAAGACAAUAAAAGUUCUAAAAAAGGUGAACAAAAGCUGAAUGAAGAUUAUUCUUCAAUAAAUGAGAAAUAUAAGCACAAAAAUAAAAAAAAUAAACACCAUAGAGAUAGAGACAAUGAAAUUAAGUUACAAAAACUGAGAGAGGCACGGUUAAGACGUGAACAGCAAGAAAAGUAUAGAACUGAAAUGUUUCUUACUGCUUUAAAUAAACCUAUGAAUAUUGAAGUGCAAAAAGACACAAAAAUGAAACCUAAAUAUAAUUCACAGUUUAACCCCGAACUUGCAAGACAAAACUACAGGUAG